CCACUCCCCAUUUUGCAUUUUCCCAACCACCAUUUCUCCACAUUUCCAUCUCUCUUUUUGUUUGCGUUGUUUGAUGGGAAAAUGAGAGAAAGAAUGGAAAGAUUCAUUCUUCUUCCUUACGCAAUUGGUUGCGUUUCUGAAUCGAGCGUUGCUGUUGCCGGCGUGAAGCAGCAGCCGCCCAGAAGAUCAAAACCGGACACAAAGCCGUCUCCAAUAAGAACUAAAGAAGCUGAGGAGGAAGAAGAUGAAGAAGAUAGCUUAACGGGCGAAAGCAUGAAGAACUCGUUUAGAUCCCUGGCUCUUCCGAAACCAAACAUAUCAAUCGGUAUUCAUAGGCUCGUCAAGGGUUUCAAGAACUUCUCUCAGCAAUUUGUUUACAAGGAUGAUAUGGAAGAAGUGCUGGAAAUGGAUAUGGAAAUAGGGUGUCCAACGGAUGUGAAACAUGUGACACACAUAGGUUGGGACGCUUCCACUUCAGCUUCCGCUGCCUCUGCAACAACUGACCCCUUUGGGGGCUGGGAUAAUCUCGUAUCGCCUGAUCUGCUCUCUGUUUCCCCUGUUUCUUGGAGGCAAUUUGAGCUCUCUGUGCCCUCACAAUCUGAAGCUGCAGUACCACCUCUUGUCCAUGGUUCUUCUUCUAAAUUUGUUGAAAAGAGUGGUGGAGGGAUGAUGUGAUUAUAUUUAAGAUCAAGGGUUCGUCUGGUUCGUAGGAUAUCCAAAUUGAAAUCGAAUUCUCUGUCUACCCCCGCUACGUACAUCUUCCAGUAUGGUUUUUCUGAAGCUUGAAUGCUGUAAUGAAUGAUGAAUCUAUGGGUUUGUAAUUAAUUAUAUGGCAUCUGAUAUCUGAUAUACAUACAUAUACAUAUA